CAGCACGGCAGUAUUCAGCAGUGGCACAACAAAGCUCUAGCGUUUCCGGCCAGCUCAGCGCGUCAGUCCUGCGCUGUUGUCAGUUUCCAGCUCGUCAGCUCCGGGACCAGUCAGGCACCUGCAGCCCUUUCACCGGCCGGCGGAGGAACACUAGAGGACGGCGGAGACAUGGUUCUGCUGACGAUGAUCGCCCGGCUGGCGGACGGUCUGCCGCUGGCCGCCUCCAUGCAGGAGGACGAGCAGUUGGGUCGGGACCUCCAGCAGUAUCAGAGUCAAGCGAAGCAGCUCUUCAGGAAGCUCAAUGACCAGAGUCCCACACGCUGCACUUUAGAGGCUGGGUCCAUGGCAUUUCACUAUUUUAUAGAGAAAGGAGUUUGCUACCUUGUGCUUUGUGAAGCCAGUUUCCCCAAGAAGCUGGCCUUUGCUUACCUAGAAGACCUGCAGGCUGAGUUUCAUGAGCAUCAUGGAAAGAAGGUCCCCACAGUAUCCCGGCCGUACUCCUUCAUCGAAUUUGACACGUACAUCCAAAAAACCAAGAAGUCUUACAUUGACAGUCGAGCGAGAAGGAAUCUGGGCAGCAUCAACACAGAGCUCCAGGAUGUACAGCGGAUCAUGGUGGCGAACAUAGAGGAGGUGCUGCAGAGAGGAGAGGCUCUCUCUGCCCUCGACUCCAAGGCCAGCAACCUGUCCUCCCUGUCGAAGAAGUACAGGAGCGACGCCAAGUAUCUGAACACCCGCUCCACCUAUGCCAAGCUGGCGGCCGGUGGUGUCUUUUUCAUCAUGCUCAUCGUCUAUGUACGCUUCUGGUGGCUCUGAGAGAGAGAGAGAGAAAAGAAGAGGAAGGAGGUGUUGAAGUUUCUCCAGACGCUAAGAAAAGCCGUCACCUUUGCCUAAAAACAGUAUCCCUGCUCUUAAUAAGACUUUACAGACCUACCGUCAUCCAUUCUGUUCUCGCAUGUCCAUGGAUGUGUGACCUGAAUAUA